CAAUAAAUUAAUAAAGUGCAUACUUGCAUUGUUUUGGAUUCUAUUUAAUAGGGUUUGGGAGAUGCAAGUCGUCAGUGCACUCUUGCAUGAGAGUCAUCAUGAAGCUUGCCGGGUUUAUGGCGUUGGUCGCUCUGGCGAGCCUAGCAUCAAGUCAGCCCGCAGUUGGAAAUGUUCAAGUUCAACUUCCACAACUAAAUGGAGGGAAUCUACCACUUUCUAUCACAAAAACUCAAGAAGAGUCACCACUUUUAGUUGCCAAGACUCAAGAGGAGACACCCGACUAUAUGCAACUAUUAACUGCAGCAUUGAAUCCUGUAGAUUCACAGAUUCCAAUAAAUUCGGAAAUCAAAUUCAGAGAAACACGCACAACGGGAAAGAAAUCGAGGUCAAGUAAUAACUAUGGAGGUUCGGGUGGAGGUGGAGGUGGAGGAGGAGGAUACGAAAGAUCCGGAAGUGGCAGAGGAGGAAAUGGUGGAAAAGGAGGAGGAAGAGGACGAGAUGACGAUUAUUGUGAGGAUGACGAUGAUGACGAUAACUACGGGACCAAGAGAACUAGUACAAAGAGGAGUGGAGGUGGAACUAGGAGGAGAGACCAAUGCGAUGACGACUGCACCUGUGAAGACUGCCAAGGAGGAGGCGGAGGAGGCGGUGGAGGAGGUAGAGGAGGUGGCGGAGGAGGAAGAGGAGGAGGUGGAGGAGGAAGAGGAUACGAUGACAGAAAGAAAGAUUACGGAGGUGACAGUUACGGAGGACGAGGUGGAGGUGGUGGAGGAGGAUCUGGAAAGGGAGGCAGCAAAGGAUCCAGUUACGGUGGAAAAGGUGGUGGUGGUGGAGGAGGUGGAGGAGGGGGUUAUGGUAGCUCUAAGAAGAAGUAUUGAGAAAAUAUCAAGCUAUGGGCCUAACAGCUCUGAUGGGAUAGUUCUGGAAGCAUGUAAAAAGAAUAAAUGAAAAUGUUAAAUUUGA